AUGGUGGAGCAUUGCUGCGUGCUCCUGGACGCGCUCCUCCACCCCUAUACCCAGGGUAGGCCAACACAUGCCUCCUCUCUUGUGCUCAACCCUCCCAGAGUGGUGUUGAGAUAUGGAGAUUCAGUCUCAGUCAACUGCAGCACAUCAUCCACAGACCAUGAGGGGAUGGGCUGGGAGGACACAUUCGGAGGUACAAGUUUUGAACAAGAUGUCAACAUUGUCACCUGGACUGUGGAUAACCUUACUGAUUGGACAAUAGAACCUACAUGCUACAUCACUCUCAUUGACAGCGAACAACCCUCAAAAGUACUUCCAGUCAUUCUCUACAAGACUCCAGACAGCGUCUCCAUCUCUGUUCUGAACCACUCUGGUCCCAUGGUGGAGGGGACACAGUACCAGCUGCAGUGUGACAUCCAGAACAUCGCUCCUCUACAGAACCUGGUUGUGAAGUGGUACAAAGGGAAUGAACCCUUAGAUAAUGUAACUUACAGUACUGUCAGUAAGACACCAGUGGAUGUGUCAGAUACUCUGAUGGUCAGCUCCAGUAGAGAUGAUGAUGGAGCUCAGUAUAGAUGUAGAGCAGAACUGGACCUUGGACCAGAGGGGCCACAACCCCAUCCUACAGUGACAUCAGAACCUCUCAGCAUUACUGUGCACUCUGAGACCCUGGACAUCAGAGUGGGGGAGGAAAUCACCUUAAACUGCACAGCUACUGGAAAGCCCACUCCUCUGUACAGCUGGCAGUCUUCACAUGUCCAAGAAGCUCUUUUCACACCCGCCUCCAAGCUCCCAGGAACCUACACCUGCACUGCCUCCAGUCAGAUAGGCAAGAUCAGCAAGACUUUCACUGUGAAUCCCAAACCUAUAGGGGGCAGAACAACGUUCUGGGUCAUCAUAGGAUCGGGCCUGGGCCUGACCUUUGUAGUCGUGAUUGUCUAUGUCAUUGUCAAACAGAGAGCAGGUCCCAACUCCAUCAUCUGA